UUUCUCCAGGCUGAACCAGUCAACAAGUACAAAUCGUCAUCACAGGACUCUGAAAGUCAGUGAAGUCUACUUCUGUCAGUGAAGGAAAAGGUCUCUCCAGGCUGUACCAGUCAACACAUACAGACCGACACCAUACGUUCUGAAAGCCACUUUUUCUAGGUGCCAGUGGUUAAAGGGAAGGGAAAUUUUCUCUACGCUUCACAAGUCAACACGCGAUCCGACAACAUACGACUCCCUGAAAGCCACAGCUAUUGCUGCCAGUGGUUAAAGUGUUGAAGGGAAGCUUUCUCCGCGUUGUACCUGUCAAGUCCGAACCGUCAUCAUAGUACGGCUCUCUAAAAGCUCCGCGUUGUACCAGUGUGCACGUAAAAGCAUCACACGACCCUCGAAAAGUCAGUGAAGGGAGGAUUUCUACAGGAUUCACCAGUCAACACGUACAAACCGUCACCAUACGACUAUCUGAAAGCUACUACGACUGCUAGUGUUUGAGGUGAAGGGAAGAUUUCUACAAGCUGUACAACUCUACAAACCGUCACCGUACGGCCACUCUUUCAAAGUGACUACUACUGCUGCCACUGAAGGAAAGAUUUCGCACCAGCUAACACGUACAAACCGCCAGCAUACGACUCUCUGAAAGCCACGGUCUACUACUGCUGUCAGUAGUCGUAGUGAAGGGAAGCUUUAUACCCAUCGUAGCAAUCAACAAGUACGGGCCGGCUCUCUGAUAUCCCUGAAAGCACUACUUUUGCCAGUGGUUGUAGUGAAGGAAAGAUUUCUACACAUCGUACCAGCUAACACGUAAGAACAUCAUCACCAUGCCUAUGACGGAGCCGAUGAACAGGCACAACAUCCAUGAGCAGCUGCCGCGGAGGGACCGGAUGCAGCUGUACAACUUCACGGGGAGAGACGUCGUGCUGUGGGAGAGGAACAUCGGGGAUGACGGGGACGACAUCGGCAAACGGGUCUGGCCAUCGGCAGUGGACCUUUGCCACUUCCUGCAGAAGGGAGACUUUCCUAUGCAAGAUAAGAAAGUUCUAGAGUUAGGAGCCGGCAUAGGACUGGUCGGUAUAGUAGCCAGUCUCCUCGGAGCGGACGUGACGCUGACCGACCUUCCCAACAUUGUUGGCAACAUGGAGGAGAACGUCCGCGCCAACACGAAGGAAGGAUGCAAGUAUCCGCCAAAGGUGCGCCCCCUAGUGUGGGGAAGGGACCUGCACAAGAUCAAAGGGCCGAAGGAAGGUGUCCACUACGACUACGUCAUCGGUACUGACGUCAUCUACAUAGAGGAAGUGUUCCAUGACCUCAGCGUGACCUUGAGGCACUUCUGUGACCCGAGAACCACCGUGCUGCUGGGGUGUCACUUCCGGGUCAAAAGUCGUGACCUCAAGUUCAUUGAACUCUUCAAGAAGGACUUUAAGAUUGUGAAGGAACACAAAAUCCCGGGACAGGGCGUCAACAAGAUUCUGUUCGAGGCUAGAAUGAAAGGUUUCGAUGUGUUAGACGACCCAGCUAAAAAUCACUGAUCACGGGAAUUAAUUUUGACUUCAUGUAAAAAGGAAAACAAGUCUGAAAUUUUAUAUUUUCACGAAUUCUGUAUAAUAUUGUUUUUCGGAAAGUUUACAAAACGUCAUACACAUUUAUCUUGCCCUUAUUUGAUGUAAUAAAAAAGAUUAACGGCUCUCGGUGGCAAAUGUGCUGAUGUUGACACAUUGUCGCACCAAAUCCGCAGUGUGAUUUUGUAGUGUGUUUUAGACAGAUCGAUCAGCUUGUAAGGCUCGAUGGGCAUCACA